AACAAUCAGAGCGCCCGAGCUCACAGGCCACUGAAUGGCUCUGUAGAGUUAACGUAUUCAACACAGCUCGUUAUUUGUAACUGAAACUAAAGAUUAUUUUCUGGGAAACUUACAAACUCCUAAACAGGUUUGCUAAGACACUUUUUGCCGCUGCUAAACUCUAUGGGGCUUUAUUGACGUCUAGGAAACUGCAUGGACUAAAAUGAAGAGCCUAAAAGCAAAGUUCAGGAAGAGUGAUGCCCACGAGUGGAGUAAGAAUGAUGACCGACUGUUGCAGGCUGUGGAGCAUGGCGAAGUGGAUAAAGUGACCUCGCUUUUGGCCAAAAAGGGAGUCAAUGCAGUCAAACUGGACAGCGAGGGCAAAUCAGCCCUUCACUUGGCUGCAGCAAAAGGGCAAGCUGAGUGCCUGGGAGUGAUUCUUUCACAUGGAGUCGACGUGACAGUACUGGAUGCAUCAGGUUGUAGUGCUUUACACCUUGCAGCGAAAAACAACCACCAAGAAUGUGCCAAAAAGCUUAUUCAGAGCAAAUGCACAGUGGAAGGCAGUGACAGCUCAGGAAAAACAGCAUUACACUAUGCAGCAGCAUGUAGCAGUGCUCCAAUUGUUCAGCUGCUGUGUGAGCAAAACUGUCUUGUGAAUGUCAAAGAUGCGGAUGGAUGCACCCCACUUCUCCUUUGCUCCCAGAAUACCCACGAGGAGGUGUGUAGAUACCUGAUAGACCAUGGAGCAGACGUCAACGCAUGUGACAAAAAUGGAAGAACUGCCGUAAUGAUGGCCUGUGAGACCAGCAGUUUGAAGACAGCAGAGAUCCUGAUUCAGAAGGGGGCUGACCUAAGGCUGGUGGAUACUUUGGGCCUUGAUGCGCUUCACUACUCAAAGUUAUCUGGAAAUACGGAGAUCAAAAACCUCCUUCAGGCGGCACUUGGCAAAUUCUCACCAGAAUCUGAUAAGAAGACAUCAAAACUAAAUCAGCAUGACCAAGUCUCUAGGUUAAAUGCGGAAAGAAGCACAACUCCUAAAAAACGAAAAGCUCCACCACCACCUAUUAGCCCUCCCCAGAGUUGUCAGUCAUGUGAUUGUUCUUCUCCGCCUUUUAUGACACCAACCCAAACUCCACCAUCUGGGGGAGAUCUGUCAUUCACAGAAUUUCAUUUUAAGGAGGAGGAGCAGAAACGUAUUGCACUUAAAGAACAAAUUGGGGAGUUGCAUAAAGAGAAGGUUCUGCUGUUAGAGACCCUUCAAGAUUUAAACACGAUUCUUAACCAACAGCAGGCUGAGCAGAAUGGACCUGAAGAGCAAAAUGUAAUUGCUACAUUGCAAGCACAAAUUAAUUGUCUUUCUUUGGAAAAUAAGAAGUUGACACACAAAUUAAAGAGAACACAGGCCCGCCACAGUGAUGAGGAAAACAAUGAUUCUUCUUGCCACAGCAGCUUUGACUCCAAUGCUUCUUAUCAUUCCACGAAGGCUGAUUUUCAACAGUCCUUGGAAAUACAUGAAGCCUCUGAGACAGAAGCUAAAGGAAACUCAACAAAGUCUUCCUUGAAGAAUGAUAGCGCCUCAGUAAAACAAGACGAUGAUGAGAAGAUGGUGAUUGGAAGCGAAGAAGAGAUUAAGCAGUUGCAGGCGGCCUUGCAAAACAUCCAGAUACAACUGCAGCAGUCAGAGGUAGAGAAACAAAACCUGCAAGCCAGGCUUCUAUCCAUGACUUCAGAAAAUUUGCAGCAGUGUUCUCAGGAGGUGUCUGAAAAUGGCUAUGACCUUGGGCAGACGCUUAAAGAGACCCAGAGCAAAUACAAAGAAGCUACAGAGGAAGUGCUGCCACUUCGGGCUCAAAUGAAGCUGGAAUCAAUCACUUCAGAAGAAAAAGAUUCAAUGUCCAAUGUUGAAGAGCUGAAAUGUUUAUACGAAGAACAGAUAAAUGAACUAAAAGAUGAACUUUCAAAGUCUUUGGACGAGCAGGAGAGAGAUAAGAACAUGAUUAAAGAGCUUGAAAAAAAGCUAGACUUGCUUGAUGCCGGGGUGUCUGUAGAAGAAUGUGAAGAUGUUAAGAAUUCUUGCAGCAUGCUUGUAGAGAACAUUAACAAAGAGAAGGCCCUGCUAAUAGACAAAUAUAGGGAGGCACAAGAAGAAAUUACAUUGUUGCAAGAAGCCCUGAAAGGAACAGUGCCUGUAGAAGCUGCUGCAAUAGACUUUGAAGAGAUGAAGGCAGAAAUGAGCAAAACAAUAGAUGAGCUACAAAAACAUUUGUUAGAGCUGUCGCAUUCAUAUAGCGAUGCAAAAAGCGAGCUGACCAUAGUUAGAAACAAACUGUCGACGUAUGAGAAAGAAACAUUGUCAAGUGAACAGAGAGAUGAAGGUUAUAUUGCUAUAGAGCACCAUGAAAGAAUUGUCCUUGACUUUGCUCAUAAUGUAGAAGAAAUGAAAGAAAAACUUUUAGAAACAGAGGCGAAGUAUCAUGAAGCAAUAAAGCAAGUAGCUUUACUCCAGGCAGAAGCUGUCGUUCAGAAGCAAAACUCUAUCUUAGUUUGUGAUCACGCACAAGUGGUGUCUGCUCUGGGGAAUGCUGUCAAGGACCUGGAAAUCCAAGUGGUGGAACUGAAAGAAGAGCUUAAUCAAAAGGAACUGGAGGUUAACAUGUUACAAGAAAGCUUGUCUGCAGAAAAAGCCAGCAUUCUUGAAAAUACCAUAACCAGAUCUGCACAUGAACAACUCAAGGCUUCCUUCGAGACUGAAGUUAACUUGCUUACCGCUGAACUAGAAGAAGCCAUGAAAAAUCAAUCUGAGAUGUCCCAGGACAUUUUCAAAACAAGGCAGGAAGUGUUGCAAGUCAAAAAUGAAAAAGAAAUGGUUGAGAGUCUAGUUGCAUUGAAAGAUCAAGAAAAUAACAAGCUUAAAAAAAGAUCCCAGGAAUUUGAAGACCUUAUUAGUGAUCUAAAAAACCAAGUCGGAAACUUCUCAAAACUUGAUGAAGAUAAGGACAAAAAGAUUGAGGAUUUGACUAAAGAAGUGAGCAAGCUGAAAGUUGCACUUAACAGCCUUUCUCAGCUGUCCUACACUACAGGCCCACCAAAGAGACAGAACCAGCAGGUCGAUACCCUUCAGCAACAGGUCAAACAAUUACAGCUGCAACUUUCUGAGAUGAAAAAGCAGCACCAGGAGAUAGUGUCUGUUUAUAGGGUGCACCUUCUUUAUGCAGUUCAGGGACAGAUGGAUGAAGAUGUUCAAAAUGCACUCAAACAGAUAUUAAAGAUGUGCAAGAUGUCAACACAAGCAAAGUGAACAACGUAUGUUGCACUGCAAGGGCACUGAAAAAGAGAUUUAAAGAACAAACUUUCAUUUCAUUAAGCGUGGCAAUUUUUUAUUUUAUUUUAUUUUUUGGGGUCUCAUUGCCCUGUCAUAUUAAAUAUACAUUUCUCAGUCAGUCUGCCAAAAUGUGCAUGCGCUGUAAGUCUCUAGUACUUGCAAAACAUAACCUUUCUUCUUGACCCAAUGGUAUUAAAGUUCCAGGGAGUGUUAUCUGAUACAAGCUAGUUCAGAAAAUAUUAGGAAAAGAUAAACAAAAGCACUGUUUUAAACAGAAAUGCAUGCUCAGUAACUCUAAAAUCAGUGUUUAAUUCUCAAAUAAGUGAUCAUCCCAUUGUGUUGUAAAGAAAAAAAAAAUACUUUUAGAUAUUGUACGUUGAAAAAUCUAGACCAUUUUCUUUAGGUUUGUUGGCAUUUUCUUCAAAGCAUGCUGAUUAGACAGUGUUUUCUAGCUGAGUGUUUAUGUUUUCUAGCAGUAGGCAUGUUUAUAUAUUCAGCCUCUCGUAAAAAUAAUAAUAAUAAAUGUAUCGUUGACAUUUGCUUUUCUUUGUCAAUAAAAAAAAAGUUAUGUAGCUAUGGCAUGCUGUGAAAACGCAUCAAGUACUGACAGGUUUUUGUAUGUAUGUGUAUGGCAUUGCUUUACAUUUUUGAUAAAGCCUUUCAAGGCCAGUUUUGAUAUUGGCAUAUUGAUAUUUUAUAAGGCUCUGUUUGAAAUGGACAAAACUAUAUAUCUAAAGAUAUUUAUUAUAUAUCAUGUACUUGAAUAACUACCUAUGGCAAUUACAAAGCACACUGCAGACUUUGUAGAUGCACAUAUUGUUACAUUAUACAUGAAUAUGUCCAUUUGAGUACUAUUUUUACAGAUUAUUCUGACUUUAGUACACUCCACUUAGCUAACUGAUGCAAACGUUUUAGGACUGAGCCUUAGUUCCAUUUUUCUUACGCUACACGUCUAGUGUACUUUGGUCUGUUUUGGGUGAGGUGGUUUGGGCACAUGCAGUCUUUCAUAUAAGAAAAGCACAUUUCUAAAUGUCUUCGUUGUAGGGGGGGAAUUAAGAAAAAAAAAAAAAACCCUGUAAAGCAAACUUUCUGUAAAUAUAUUCGACAAUGACGGUCAAGGGUAUGUACGUACUUAAAAAUGUUCUCCAAACCCUUUGCUGAAGGAUUACCAGUAUCUGUUAAUUGUUUCCGCAUUUAAGAAAGUACACUUGUGGAAUUUCACGCUGGAUUUCUUUUAACAGUGCAGGAUAUAUAAACACUAGGUUUAGUUAAUAUUUACAAUAAUCAUGUACUGACUUAACUAUUUUGGAGUUACAAUAGUUAGAACUAUGAUAAGAAUAAUUGGCAAAACUCUCAGAUUAGCUGUUUGCAUAAGGACACUUAUGGGUACUGCAUGUGCCUAGGAUAAAGUAAUGUUACAAGCAAGUUUCUGAACUGUUUCUCCAGUAUCAGCCACUUGAUGCAAGUACAGUAAUCCGUCACAGAUCUGCCCUAACAGUUUAUCCGCCAUGAUCAAUCAUUUCAGCUAUGUUAGUUUAUU